CAAAUCAGACACAUAAAUACAAUAAUGUAAAUUCAAGGACUUGCAUGAUGUGUCUUGGACCACCAUGGCGAAUGGAGAAUCUAAAGACCUACUGUAUAGGCAACACAAUUCAUGAUUGUUUCGUUCUCCUACUUUCUUUGUGAUUGCCGGAGGAGUGACUGACAGUGACUGUGUGUACUCUGUCCUGCCCCUCUACCAUUCCCACGGCCUCGCACACGGUGGAGGGCCUAUGAUCUACACAGGAGCCACUCUCGCCAUUAGGAAAAAGUUCUCUGCCAAACACUGUUGGACUGAUAGUGCAAAGUACAACUGCACUAUGGUGUGCACGAUUGGGGAGUUGAAUCGCUACGUGUUGGCCCAACCCCCUCAACCCACUAACACACAUCACAAAGUACGUCUAAUCAUCACUGCAGGACUCAGAAAAGAGCUGUGGCUGGAGUUCCAGAAACGAUUUGAUCACAUUAUCGAGUUUUAUGGCUCUGCUGAGGGUAACUUUGGUAUCAUCAACAUUGACAAUAAGCCAGGAUCUGUUGGAGCUCUCCCACUGUUUGUACCAUCCCUUCAAAACGUCACUAUCCUGAAGCUUCAUCCGGAGACUGGCGAUUACCUAAGAGAUGAGAAUGGUUUCUGUGUCGAGUGUGGUGUGAGCGAACCUACUACAGUCUCUCCCUUCUACGGAUAUCGAAACAAAGAGAACUCAGCAAAAAAUUUCUUAGGAAUUGUUUCAAAGCAGGAGAUGCUUUUUUCAGAACUGGAGACAUAA